ACAAGAAAAUGAAAAUGUGACUUGAAAGUUGGAAACAAUGAAAUCUCAUUUUAUAUCUAGAUAUUAAAAUUCACGUAAAAGGAAAUAAUUUAUUAUAUGAAUAAAAAAUAUUGAUACAACUAGGUACCUAUACGUACCUUCUACUGAAAAUUUUAUAACGAAACCCAACUACAUAAAUAUACAUAUGCCAAGUAUAUUGUAAACCUACGGCUUACAAAAUAUGUUGCAUAUUAGUGCAAUAUCAAAUCCAAUACAGAUGGAUCUGCAGUUCCCAAUAACAUUACCGGGAUCAAAUCUCCGAGAGAAACAUCGUUACCUGAACAACUUUGUUAAUGAGACUUACAAAAGAAAUCUCUCAUUUCAAGAGAUAGCAAUAUUGCCAGAAACUUCACCUAUUGAUCGAAUAUUCAAAAUCGACCUUGCUUCCAAACAUAGAAAUGUUGAAUACAUAUUAGAUAAUCUAAAAAGAAAUGAUAUGUUGUAUGUCAGCAGAUCAUUGAAAUGUCUCUGGAUUUUAGAUAACCAAUAUAGUGACAUCAUAAAACCUUCGUAUCUUGAGAGUACUUUAUAUCCAGAAAUGAUACAACCAGCUGUAAAUAAAAUGAAGCAUUUUAUAUGGUUAAAUUUAAAAGACAAGGAAAGGUGCCAGAUAUUUUAUAACUAUUACAGAUCUAAUUUUGAGGAUGCAUUCAAUUUUUUCUGGCACUGUUCUAGUGAAUUUAUUAAAAGUGAAUUGCCAAAUAUAAUAGAUAAAUUGUCAUAUAAACAGUUGAAAAUUGUUUUCGAGGUCUGUCCUUCAGUGUCCAAACUUUACUUUGAGAUUUUACCAAAUAACCAAGCUGCGCUUACAAAAUACACAAGUAAUGCAUCAAAAUACUUCAAUUGUAUCAAAAGUGUAUUGAAGAGUGAUGGCAAUGUAUUUUUAGACAUUGUUGAAAAAUAUUUUGACUCAAACUCAUUUGAUGCAUUCAGUUCAUCAAUUACAGAGUAUAUAAUGAAAAAUUACAGAAAUAGAUUUGAUGCUAAGAGUGAAUUAUAUGUAGCUUAUGUACUUCACAUGAAAACUAUUGCAGCUAACAUGACUGGUGACCAAGCUAAAGAACUUGUUCUGAAACUUGCCAGAGCAGAGUAUUUGGAGUAUUGGUUUACAUACAAGAAAGUUGAGCCAUUAAUAAAACGUUUAAAAUCAGAGGAACGGUCUUCUUUUAAGAAGCAAGUGUUUGUUGAUAAAGCCAUUGAUGGUAAAGUUAAAGAAUGGCGAUAUCCAUUACCUAAACCUCUAGUACUAAAAAUCGAGGAUGAAUCACAUGUAUUUACAGACGUACAGCAUGAGCCAUAUGAAUACGAAAACCAUUACUUGGGUGCCGGUAUGCUUAAACGGAGGGUUAUGAAAAAAUGUGCAAUGUCAUAUGAGUGUAGUUAUGUAAUGGAUUGUGUUGAAACAAUUCCUGGGAAAUCUCCUUUGGACCAAUUGUUUAACAGAUAUCGCUUUAUAGGUUUUGAACAGACAUUCUACGAAUUAAACAAAAAUUUGUUAGCUGAAAGCACUAUUGAAGGUCGACUCAAUAUGAUGCUAGUUCUUGUCAGCAAAAGUGGAGGAGUUCCAGAACAAGUAGAGAAAUUUCUAAAGCUAAUGGUAGAAAGACAUAAGAAUGAACCAACCACGCUACGGGCUGCAGUUAUUAGAUCUCUCGUAAAACGUGGUUCUGCCUGGCGUUUGCCUGAAAAUGUCUGGUCGUUAGUGCUACAAUUUGGCGUUGACAUAGGUCUCGAUGGAGCUGAAACAGACCCAACAUGCCGCGAAGGCCUUCAUGCUGUUGUCUUACGUCACUUAUUAGCUGAUGCCCAAAUAUCACCUGCUUUACUUACUGGCUUUCUCCGCCAAUUCUCUACAUUUACCGAAUACAAAUUAAAUCUUGAAGAAAAGAAGUUAGUCGCUAAACGUUUACCUCCGCUUAUACUGUCUUCAGAUGCGAAUGCAUUUUUAGACACACUUGUCCAAUAUAAAGUUAAUUUAAAAGAAAUACCUAAUGCAAAAACAGCAUUACUAAAAGCGGCAAAAACCGAUUCAAAUCUAGUCUCACGAUUAUACAAAGCGAGAAUAUUGAGGCGUGAGCUUUUUAUUGAAACUUUUGCUCUUAAACAGCAUAAUGCUGCGUAUAUCAAUGCUUUACGCCAUGACACAUCUCCUUUAAAGGAUGGUAAAAGUUUCGCUGAAUUAAUUACUAAAGAACGUCCAAACCACGAUUGGUUUUUAAAAUCUCUUAACAUAUAUUUCAGUGAAUCUGGAGGAUUAGCUGAGAAGCACAGAAUUGCACUGGAAGAGGCAUUUUUGUUAACUCCGAAAUAUUGGUUCCCACGGCCGUUGUCCUCGUUUUUAACCAAUGAGGAGUUAUUACGGCGUAUUUCCGAUUUCGAAGUGCUAAAACCGCAAUCUAAAUGGCAGGUUGUGAUGUCUACUGGGCUCAGAGCUAAUGCUCAUUUCAGUAAAUCUCCAGUAGUUAUAGAUUAUUUGGAUUGGCAAUGGAUCGGUGCUAAGGCAAUUGCAAAUAAAGCUUUAAUUUGUAGAAAAUCUGAUCAAGAAAGAUACAUAAAGAAAUUACUAGUGUGGCGGCGCUCCGCUAGAAUUGCAGUGCGAUUAUCUGCCGAGACACCUUGGGCAGCCGAAACGUUCAUCACUUUCUGCUCCUUGCGUCCUUUAGCCGCAUUAAAAGUAGGCCUUACACUUUAUUUAUCAAAAGACGAUAUCCAGCCUUCAAUAUGGUAUGCUAUUAAAACGAUAAUUCAAAAUAAAGACUUAUCUCAGAAACAGAGAUUGCUAAGAAAGCUAUCCGACCCAAAAAAAAUUUCCAAAAACGUCGUGGCGGAUUAUUGGGUUCAAGUGUUUAAUAUUUACAUGAAAAUUGAUGAAAAGUUAGCUAUGCCUGUGCUUUGUACAUUAGAAAAUAUUCAAAAUGACGUUGAUCAGCAAUUCAUGCGAGGUUUAGUCAAUAAGUUUAUAGAAACUGAAUUAGAUCCAAAUACAUUUUCCAAGGAUGAGGAUGAUUACGACUCUACCAAUAAAAAAUGUAUGUAUGUCAGGAUCAUCGCGAAACACCUGCUUCUGUGUAAAUCUGAAAACGAACAGUCUGAGGUAAUUGACAAAGUAUGCGACUCCUUUUUCGAUGCCAUUGAGGUUUUAAUGCAAAAGCCAGAAUUUAAAAAGAAUUUGAUUAAACUUUUAAAAGAUUUCAUAUUCUCAUUGAAAUUCAGUAAAGUAUUUCUUUCUGAGCAGUACGCUAAUUGCAUGCCAGUUUUUGAAGCAAUUCUCAAAAGAUUGCACAAAAUUUUACCCAUGGAAGAGUAUUUCGCUAAUUAUGUAGAAAUACAUUUGACUAUGUUGUAUUAUAAAUCUAUAAAGCAAGCGGUUAAAAAUAAACCUGGCAAUUUUAAUGAACCCAAAAAUAGAAACGAAGCUAUAGAAAUAGUGGGCAGAAUAUUCGGCAACUAUGUUGGACAUGAAAUAAAGGAACUCGUAAACAAAUAUUUCAAGUCAGUGAUAGACUUGUACAAAGGUCCUUUGAAUGAUUAUUUGAGAAACUAUUUCCAUUUUAAUGAAAGUAGAGAAGUGUUGAUGACUUUUGUAGUGAAAGGUCUUUUGAAGACCAACACGACGGAGGCGUAUAUUUUGGCGGAAUAUAUUUUCCAGAAAGAACAACAGUUUCAUAUUUCGCAACCACAUCGAGAUGAAAUAUUGAAGAUUUUAAAGAAUUGUAAAGAUGACGAAGUAAAGAUGUUUCUAUAUGCAGACGUUCUGUCAAUACCUUGCAGUUGAUAUUAUUUGAAAAACGAAAGCAUGACUUAAAAGUUGGAAACAAUAAAAUCUCAUUUUAUUUUUAUAUCUAAUUUUUAAUAAAAUAAAAUCUUUUCUUAAUAACUAGUUAAGGCAAAUUAUAUAAAAGGAAAUAAUUUAUUUAUAUGUAUGUAUAAAAAAAUAUUAAAUAAACCUACUAUUGAAAAUUUCAUAACAUAAUUCCAACUACGUAAAUAUGCUAACGCCAAGUAUCUUGUAUAUCAUAAUAGUGCAGUAUCAAAUCCGAUACAGGUACAAUUUUUUUACUAUUUGUAAGCUUUUUAUUUAGAAUAUGUUUAUUAAAACUAACAUUUAUUUUGCUACUGUUGUAUGUUAUUGUUGUAACGUUGUUGUGCAUAUGAUGUGAAAUGAUUUUUUUGUGUGUAGCCUCAAUAGCUCAACGGUAAAGGGGCCGGCAUCUUCAUAGAGAGGUCGUGGUUCUAUAGACGUCCACUGGACUAUUUUUGUAUCCAUUGCCACUUCCAACACAGUUUUUCGGACUACGAGUAGUUGGAGGGGAAUGAGAUUAUAGUCAUAUUAAAACAAGAUAUGGCAGAUAUUCUUUAAAAAAAAAGGGCUGCACGCAAAUUAGUCGAAUAUAAUCAAGCGACAAAAAAAGAUGAAUGUGCAGUUCCCAAUAACAUUACCGGGAUCAAAUCUCCGAGAGAAACAUCGUUACCUGAACAACUUUGUUAAUGAGUCUUACAAAAGAAAUCUCUCAUUUAAAGACAUAGCAAUAUUGCCAGAAACUUUACCCAUUGAUCGAAUAUUCAAAAUCGAUCUUGCUUCAAAACAUAGAAAUGUUGAAUAUAUAUUAGAUAAUUUAAAAAGCAAUGAUAUGUUGUAUGUCAGCAGAUCAUUGAAAUGUCUCUGGAUUUUAGAAAACCAAUAUAGUGACAUCAUAAAACCUUCGUAUCUCGAAAGUACUUUAUAUCCAGAAAUGAUCCAACCAGCUGUAAAUAAAAUGAAGCAUUUUAUACAGUUAAAUUUGAAAGACAAGGAAAGGUGCCAGAUGUUUUAUAACUAUUACAGAUCUAGCUUUGAGGAUGCAUUUAACUUCUUCUGGCACUGUUCCAGUGAAUUUAUUACAAGUGAAUUCCCAAAUUUAAUAGAUAAAUUGACAUACAAACAGUUGAAAAUUGUUUUUGAAGUCUGUCCUUCAGCGUGCAAACUUUACUUUGAGAUUUUACCAAAUAACCAAGCUGCGCUUACAAAAUACACAAGUAAUGCAUCAAAAUACUUCAAUUGUAUCAAAAGUGUAUUGAAGAGUGUUGGCAAUGUAUUUUUAGACACUGUUGAAAAAUAUUUUGACUCAAACUCAUUUGAUGCAUUCAGUUCAUCAAUUACAGAGUAUAUAAUGAAAAAUUACAGAAAUAGAUUUGAUGCUAAGAGUGAAUUAUAUGUAGUGUAUGUACUUCACAUGAAAACUAUUGCAGCUAACAUGACUGGUGACCAAGCUAAAGAACUUGUUCUGAAACUUGCCAGAGCAGAGUAUUUGGAGUAUUGGUUUACAUACAAGAAAGUCGAGCCAUUAAUAAAACGUUUAAAAUCAGAGGAAAGAUCUUCUUUUAAGAAGAAAGUGUUUGUUGAUAAAGCCAUUGAUGGUAAAGUUAAAAAAUGGCCAUAUCCAUUACCUAAACCUCUAGAACUAGAUGUCGAGGAUAAUGCACAUUUAUUUACAGACGUACAACAUAAGUUAUGUGAAUACGAAAAUCAUUACUCGAGUGCCGGUAUACUUAAAGGGAGGAUUUUGAAAAAAUGUGCAAUGUCACAUCAGUGUCUUUAUGCAAUGCAACACAAUGUUCAACCGAUCCCUGGAAAAUCUCCUUUUGGCCAGUUGUUCAACCGUUAUCGUUUUAUAGGUUUUGAACAAACAUUUUACGAAUUAAAUAAAAAAAAUAUUAGCUGAAAGCACUACUGAAGGUCGACUCAAUAUGAUGCUAGUUCUUGUCAGCAAAAGCGGAGGAGUUCCAGAACAAGUACAUAAAUUUCUAAAACUUUUGGUAGAAAGACAUAAGAAUGAACCAACCACGCUACGGGCUGCAGUUAUUAGAUCUCUCGUAAAACGUGGUUCUGCCUGGCGUUUGCCUGAAAAUGUCUGGUCAUUAGUGCUACAAUUUGGCGUUGACAUAGGUCUCGAUGGAGCUGAAACAGACCCAACAUGCCGCGAAGGCCUUCAUGCUGUUGUCUUACGUCACUUAUUAGCUGAUGUCCCAAUAUCACCUGCUUUACUUACUGGCUUUCUCCGCCAAUUCUCUACAUUUUCCGAAUACAAAUUAAAUCUUGAAGAAAAGAAGAUAGUCGCUAAACGUUUACCUCCGCUUAUACUGUCUUCGGAUGCGAAUGCAUUUUUAGACACACUUGUCCAAUAUAAAGUUAAUCUGAAAGAAAUACCUAAUGCAAAAACAGCUCUACUAAAAGCAGUAAAAGCCGAUUCAAAUCUAGUCUCACGAUUAUACAAAGCGAGAAUAUUAAGGCGUGAGCUUUUUAGUGAAACUUUUGCUCUUCAACAGAAUAAUGCUGCUUAUAUCAACGCUUUACGUCAUGACACGUCAUUGCUAAAGGAUGGUAAAAGUUUCGCUGAAUUAAUCACUAAAGAACGUCCAAACCACGAUCGGUUUUUAAGAUCCCUUAACAUAUAUUUCAAUGAAACUGGAGGAUUAGCUGAGAAGCAUAGAAUUGCUUUGGAAGAGGCAUUUUUGUCAACUCCGAAACGUUGGUUCGCACGACCGUUGUCCUCAUUUUUAACCAAUGAGGAGUUAUUACGGCGUAUUUCCGAUUUCGAAUUUCUAAAACCGCAAUCUAAAUGGCAGUUUGUGAUGUCUACUGGGCUCAGAGCUAAUGCUCAUUUUAGUAAACCUCCAGUAGUUAUAGAUGCUUUGGAUUGGCAGUGGAUCGGUGCUAAGGCAGUUGCAAAUAAAGCUUUAAUUUGUAGAAAAUCUGAUCAAGAAAGAUUCAUAAAGAAACUACUAGAGUGGCGAAGAACCGCUAGAAUUGCAGUGCGAUUAUCCGCAGAUACACCUUGGGCAGCCGAAACUUUCAUCACAUUCUGCUCCUUGCGUCCUUUAGCCGCAUUAAAAGUUGGCCUUUCACUUUAUUUAUCAAAAGACGAUAUCCUGCCAUCAAUAUGGUAUGCUAUUAAAACGAUAAUUCAAAAUAAAGAGUUAUUUCAGAAACAGACAUUGCUGAGAAAGCUAUCCGACCCUAUAAAAAUUUCCAAAAAUGUCUUGGGGGAUUAUUGGGUUCAAGUGUUUAAUAUUUACAUGAAAGUUGAUGAAAAGUUAGCUAUGCCUGAACUCUGUAUAUUAGAAAAUAUUCAAUAUGACGUUGAUCAGCAAUUCAUGCGAGGUUUAGUCAAUAAGUUUAUGGAAAUUGAGUUGGAUCCAAAUACAUUUUCGAAGGAUCAAGAUGAUUACGACUCUACCAAUAAAAAAUGUAUGUAUGUCAGGAUUAUCGCGAAACACCUACUUCUGUGUAAAUCUGAAAGCGAACAGUGUGAGGUAAUUGAGAAAGUAUGCGACUCCUUUUUCGAUGCCAUUGAGGUUUUAAUGCUAAAGCCUGAAUUUAAAAAGAAUUUGUUUACACUUCUAAAAGAUUUCAUAUUUUCAUUAAAAUUCAGUAAAGUAUUUCUUUCUGAGCAGUACGCUAAUUGCAUGCCAGUUUUUGAAACAAUUCUCAAAAGAUUGCACAAAAUUUUACCCGUGGAAGAGUAUUUCGCCUAUUAUUUAGAAAUACAUUUGACUAUGUUGUAUUAUAAAUCUAUAAAGCAAGCGGUUAAACAUAAACCUAGCAUCUUUGAUGAACCCAAAAAUAGAAACGAAGCUGUAGAGAUAGUGGGCAGAAUAUUCGGCAACUAUGUUGGACAUGAAAUAAAGGAACUCGUAAACAAAUAUUUCAAGUCUGUGAUAGACUUGUACAAAGGUUCUUUGAAUGAAUAUUUGAGAAACUAUUUCUAUUUUACUGAAAGUAGAGACAUUUUUGUUACUUUUGUAGUGAAAGGUCUUUUGGAGGCCGACACGGUGGAGGCAUAUAUUUUGGCGGAAUAUAUUUUCCAGAAAGAACAACAGUUUCAUAUUGCUCAACCAUAUCGAGACGAAAUAUUGAAGGUUUUAAAGGAUUGUAAGGAUGACGAAGUGAAGAUGUUUCUAUAUGCAGACGUUCUACCUUGCAGUUGAUAUUAAUUUAUAAAUGAAAACAUGACUUUUCUGUCAUUCAAACACCACAAACAAAAUCUCAUUACUAUAAAUUAAGUUACUGUAUCAGGAAAUAUUUUUUUAAUUAUACAAUACUUUAAGGGCAUAUAUUACGAAUAUACCCACCAAUGCUGGAGAAUACAAAAUAGUACACUAUUGCCCAGAAAAGUUCAAAAAUAAGUAGGUACCUACAUAUUAAUAUAGUUAGAGCAAACGCCAAGUACUUACCUACACUUUAAAACCGCAAUAUAUGCCAUAUAAAAUUCAACACAACUGAAUAUAUAACAGUUUUCUAUUAUCAUUUCUAAGCUAUAUAUUUACAAGAUUUAUAUUUAAAGUAAAAUUUGUUUUGAUAGUGUUUUAUGUUGUAACAUUAUUUUAUUUACAAUUUUAUAUUAAUGGGUAACAGCCGCCAGCGUUUUAUUCUUAUAAUUCCUAUUAUAUUUUUAUACUUAAUCUUUUGUUUGUAUUGAAAACAUUUUAUACAAAACAGAUUAUGUACCUAUAUUAGGUGCUGUAUUAUUUUGACUAAGAAUAUAAUCAAGUGAUAGCAAAAUGUGAGCUUAGAUAUAUUGAAAGCGUGUACGUAUACUUAUCCCUAUCAAUGAUAAUAUGAGUUGUAUAUAAAUUUCCUCUUUUGAGCGUUUCAUUUUUCAUGCGCUAGUAACGCAUCUAACAGUAUUUAACAUCAUUGAUCCCUAUGCAUUUAUUGUCAUUCUUUUCUAAAUAUUUUUUUAACAAUUUUUCCAAACGAUCCUAUAAAAUUAUCCAGGAGUAAACUACUAUCGCUCGUUGGACUCUCGAGCUGAUACCUUAGAUAUAGUAAUAUUGUUGUAAGAUUAAUACCUACCUAUUAGUUAUUAAGUACCCUGGGUGGGUAUAUCUCAGUGGCGUAGCUUAGGGAUCAUGUAUCAAAAUUAGUUGAAGGGGGCAGGCAGGGGGGGGGGGGGGGGUCAGAGAAAUUAUAGAUAACAUUUUUAAUUUGAACUAUCAUACUUAAGGGGCCCCUGUAAUACGGGCCCCGUAUCAUUGAUACGGUGGUAGCUACGCCCCUGGUAUAUCUACUUACUUUUAUGGUCUUGUACAACUGCGAUAUUUAUAUUC